AUGCCCGAACUUGACUUACAUACCAAAUGUGUGGUGGAUGUUGAAGCAAACAAGGUUAUUCUGAGUCCUAUGAAUACUAAUCUUUCCAAAGGAGAUGCCCGAGACGUCAUACUAUCUUCUACGAAACUUGACUUACAUACCAAAUGUGUGGUGGAUGUUGAAGCAAACAAGGUUAUUCUGAGUCCUAUGAAUACUAAUCUUUCCAAAGGAGAUGCCCGGGGACAGCCAAAGGUGUUUGCUUAUGAUCAUUGUUUCUGGUCUAUGGAUGAAUCUGUCAAAGAAAAGUAUGCAGGACAAGAUGAUGUUUUCAAGUGCCUUGGGGAGAAUAUCCUUCAGAAUGCUUUUGAUGGCUACAAUGCAUGUAUCUUUGCCUAUGGACAGACUGGGUCUGGGAAAUCUUAUACCAUGAUGGGCACAGCUGACCAACCUGGCUUGAUCCCAAGACUUUGCAGUGGACUCUUUGAACGCACUCAGAAAGAAGAAAACGAAGAGCAGAGUUUUAAAGUAGAAGUAUCCUACAUGGAAAUUUAUAACGAGAAAGUUCGAGACCUUCUUGAUCCCAAAGGAAGCCGCCAAACGUUGAAAGUCAGAGAGCAUAGUGUGUUGGGACCUUACGUCGAUGGACUUUCUAAACUGGCUGUCACAAGCUACAAGGACAUUGAGUCUUUGAUGUCAGAGGGUAACAAAUCUCGUACAGUUGCUGCAACCAACAUGAAUGAGGAGAGUAGCAGAUCCCAUGCCGUCUUCAAAAUCACCCUCACGCAUACGCUCUAUGACGCGAAGUCUGGGACAUCUGGAGAGAAAGUGGGCAAACUCAGCCUGGUUGAUUUGGCUGGCAGUGAACGAGCAACAAAAACGGGAGCUGCUGGGGACCGGCUGAAAGAAGGGAGCAACAUUAACAAGUCCCUCACAACCCUCGGUCUGGUUAUCUCAGCCCUAGCAGAUCAGGGUGCUGGCAAAAACAAGAACAAAUUUGUUCCGUAUCGUGACUCAGUUCUCACUUGGCUGCUCAAAGAUAGCCUUGGGGGUAACAGCAAGACAGCGAUGGUGGCUACUGUGAGUCCAGCAGCUGAUAACUAUGAUGAGACCCUCUCAACUCUGCGUUACGCUGAUCGAGCCAAGCACAUCGUUAACCACGCUGUGGUAAAUGAGGAUCCUAACGCUCGGAUCAUCCGGGAUCUCCGGGAAGAGGUUGAGAAACUCCGAGAGCAGCUCACCAAAGCGGAGGCAAUGAAAUCUCCAGAGCUCAAAGACAGGCUGGAAGAAUCUGAGAAGCUAAUCCAGGAAAUGACCGUGACCUGGGAAGAGAAGUUAAGGAAAACCGAGGAGAUCGCACAGGAGAGACAGAAACAACUUGAGAGUCUUGGGAUAUCUCUUCAGUCUUCUGGAAUCAAAGUUGGGGAUGACAAAUGUUUCCUUGUUAAUCUGAAUGCUGACCCUGCUCUGAAUGAACUUCUGGUGUACUAUUUAAAGGAACAUACAUUGAUAGGGUCAGCAAAUUCCCAAGAUAUCCAACUGUGUGGCAUGGGGAUUCUUCCUGAACACUGUAUUAUAGACAUCACACUGGAAGGCCAGGUUAUGCUGACGCCACAGAAGAACACAAGAACUUUCGUAAAUGGGUCCUCUGUCUCUAGUCCGAUACAGCUGCACCAUGGAGACAGGAUAUUAUGGGGAAACAACCAUUUCUUCAGACUCAAUCUGCCUAAAAAGAAAAAAAAAGCAGAACGAGUGGAUGAGGAGCAAGACACCUCCCUAAAGAAUGACAGCUCUGAGCAGCUGGAUGUUGAUGGAGACUCCUCCAGUGAGGUGUCCAGCGAAGUUAACUUCAGUUAUGAAUACGCACAGAUGGAGGUCACCAUGAAGGCCCUGGGCAACAAUGACCCAAUGCAGGCACUGUUGAACAGCCUGGAACAACAGCACGAAGAAGAGAAGCGCUCUGCCCUGGAGCGCCAGAGGCUCAUGUACGAGCAUGAGUUGGAGCAGCUGAGAAGGAGAUUGUCUCCAGAGAAGCAGAGCAGUCGGAGCAUGGACAGGUUUUCUUUCCACUCACCCAGUGCUCAGCAGCGCCUACGCCAGUGGGCUGAGGAGAGGGAAGCAACAUUGAAUAACAGCUUGAUGAGACUGAGGGAACAAAUCGUUAAAGCCAAUCUACUGGUGAGAGAAGCUAGUUUUAUUGCAGAGGAACUGGAUAAAAGAACAGAAUAUAAAGUUACCCUACAGAUUCCAGCCUCCAGCCUGGAUGCCAACAGGAAGCGAGGCUCUCUUCUUAGUGAACCUGCAAUCCAAGUGAGAAGAAAAGGAAAAGGAAAGCAGAUUUGGUCUUUGGAAAAACUGGACAACAGGCUGUUGGAUAUGAGAGACCUUUAUCAGGACAAGAAAGAAAGAAAGAAAGAAGGAAGGCAGGUGAUACGAUCUUAUUUCAAGCGUGCUGAUCCAUUCUAUGAUGAGCAGGAGAAUCACAGUCUCAUUGGAGUGGCCAAUGUCUUCCUUGAGUCUCUCUUUUAUGACGUAAAAUUACAGUAUGCUGUCCCGAUUGUCAACCAGAAAGGAGAGGUGGCAGGUCGGCUACAUGUAGAGGUGAUGCGAAUCAGUGGUGAAAUCGUGGAAAGAAUUGCAGGAGGUGAUGAUGCCGCAGAUGUGUCCUUUGAGAAGGAGACCCCAGAGAACAAACUGGUCUGCAUGGUUAAAAUACUUCAAGCCACUGGGUUGCCACAACAUCUGUGCCACUUUGUAUUCUGCAAAUACAACUUCUGGGAUCAACAGGAGCCUGAAAUUGUUGCACCUGAAGUGGAUACUUCCUCCUCCUCUCCCAUCAGCAAGGAGCCUCAGUGCAUGGUUGUUUUUGAUCAUUGCAAUGAGUUUUCUGUUAACAUCACUGAAGACUUUAUUGAGCAUCUUUCAGAAGGGGCAUUGGCAAUUGAAGUGUAUGGACAUAAAAUGAACGAUCCCCGGAGAAACCCAGCUCUGUGGGAUUUGGGAAUCAUUCAAGCAAAAACACGUAGUCUUCGAGACAGAUGGAGUGAAGUCACCAGGAAAUUGGAAUUCUGGGUUCAAAUCUUGGAACAGAAUGAGAAUGGUGAAUACUGCCCGGUAGAAGUGAUUUCUGCAAAGGAUGUCCCUACAGGAGGAAUCUUCCAACUCCGGCAGGGGCAGUCCCGUCGAGUUCAAGUUGAAGUGAAGUCUGUGCAGGAGUCUGGGACUUUACCUCUCAUGGAAGAAUGCAUAUUGUCUGUUGGCAUCGGAUGUAUAAAAGUUAGACCACUCAGAUCCCCUAAAACUCAUGAGGCCUUCCAUGAGGAAGAAGAGGACAUGGAUAGCUACCAGGAUCGGGAUUUAGAGAGACUGCGUAGAAAAUGGCUGAAUGCGUUAACCAAGCGUCAGGAAUACUUGGACCAACAGCUGCAGAAACUUGUCAGUAAACAUGAUAAGACAGAGGAUGAUGCUGACCGUGAAGCACAACUUCUAGAGAUGCGGCUGACUCUAACCGAGGAAAGGAACGCGGUGAUGGUCCCCUCUGCUGGCAGUGGGAUUCCGGGGGCCCCUGCAGAAUGGACCCCCGUACCUGGGAUGGAAACCCACAUUCCUGUUAUAUUCCUUGACUUAAAUGCUGAUGAUUUCAGUUCUCAGGAUAAUCUUGAUGACCCAGAAGCUGGUGGAUGGGACGCUACCCUGACUGGGGAAGAAGAAGAAGAGUUCUUUGAACUGCAGAUUGUAAAACAGCAUGAUGGAGAGGCAAAAGCAGAAGCAUCCUGGGACUCUGCAGUCCACAGCUGCCCUCAGCUCAGUAAAGGCACCCCCACAGACGAGCGUGUGUUUCUGAUUGUGCGUGUGACGGUCCAGCUCAGCCACCCUGCCGACAUGCAGUUGGUAUUACGCAAGAGAAUUUGUGUCAAUGUUCAUGGCCGGCAGGGUUUUGCUCAGAGUCUCCUAAAAAAGAUGUCGCAUCGAAGUUCUAUUCCUGGCUGUGGAGUGACUUUUGAAAUUGUCUCCAAUAUUCCAGAGGAUGCCCAGGGAGUAGAGGAACGAGAGGCCUUAGCAAGAAUGGCAGCGAAUGUUGAGAACCCGGCUUCUGCUGACUCAGAGGCUUACAUCGAGAAGUACCUCAGGAGUGUGCUGGCUGUGGAAAACCUUCUCACUCUGGACCGCCUUCGCCAGGAAGUUGCAGUGAAGGAGCAGCUAACGGGAAAAGGGAAGUUGAACAGGAGGAGUAUCAGCUCUCCGAAUGUGAACAGGUUGUCUGGAAGCCGACAAGAUCUUAAUCCAUCAUACAGCCUGGGCAGCAACAAGGGCCGGUGGGAAAGUCAGCAGGAUGUCUCUCAAACCACAGUUUCCAGAGGAAUAGCACCAGUCCCCACAAGUCUCUCUGUUUCACCACAAAAUAACCAUUCUCCAGAUCCAGGACUCAGUAGCUUUGCAGCUUCCUACUUGAAUCCAGUGAAGUCCUUUGUGCCACAGAUGCCCAAGCUGCUGAAGUCUCUCUUCCCUGUCCGCGAUGAGAAAAGGGGCAAGCAGUCAUCCCCUCUUGCCCAUCAGGCCGUGCCCCGAAUCAUGGUUCAGCCCGCCUGCCCGGAUGCCUGGGGGACCAGGACGGAGGAGGCCCAGCGUGGGAGUGUGGGGACCAGCGUGGCCUCCGACGUGAUGGUGCAGGUGGCCCCCAUGGUGAAGAUCAGUGACAGACCAGCCAAAAUCACUGCCCCACUGCCAGUCGCUGCCUCCACAAUGGCCCCAGAAGGGAAGGACAGCCCCCCCAGCCCUCUGAGCGAGGCUUCCAGCGGGUACUUUUCUCACAGUGUCUCUACUGCCACACUCUCCGACGCACUCCUCCCUGGCCUGGAGGCUGUGACCCCAGCAGGUGGCCAGACACCGGGCUCCCCCACUGCGCCACUCUGCCAGGCAGCCCUGGAGGCCGAGCUGCCCUUUCUAGCUGCUGCUACAAGUGCACAGAGUCACCCUCCUGCCCGGCUGGAGAGUCAGAACAGUACUCUGUCACUGCCAGUCCAAGCAGAGCCACCUGCUCGGCCUCUCACCUCAGCCCCUGGAGGGGAGCCCUCAGGCCGACAGCCUUGGGGUGAAGCUGCCUCUGCCUCUAAGCAGCUCGGACGACCAAAGGCCCAGGCCCAGCUGAAGGCGGCUCCCAGUUUGGAGCCUGGCCCUUCCAAGCUGCAGCUGCCCCCUGACCUCCCACCUCAGGCGCCUGCUCCUGAGUCUCCAUUCCGAAUCCACAAGGUGCGGACCUCAGAGCUGAAGUCGUUCACGCGCAUGCUUGGUGGAGACUCCAGCUGCUCCUCUGGUGCUGAGGAGGACCCGCUGGCCCCAGGGGGGCUGGGUGACCUGAGCCAGGCCCUGGAGAAACUGGAAGUAGCCUCUGAUUCUGAGGAAGCCAACGAAGUCCCAGAGUGGCUGAGAGAGGGAGAGUACGUCACCGUGGGCAGCAACAAAACGGGGAUCGUGAGAUACGUCGGGCCCACCAGCUUCCAGGAGGGCAUGUGGGUCGGGGUGGAACUGGACCUGCCUUCAGGCAAGAAUGACGGCUCCAUCGGAGGGAAGCAGUACUUCAAGUGCAACCCGCAGGGUGCCCCCGAGGCCCGCCGGAGUGCCACCCUCUCGGGCUCCGCCACCAACCUGGCCUCUCUGACGGCUGCCCUGGCCAAGGCAGACAAAAGCCACAAGAACCCUGAGAACCGGAAAUCCUGGGCUAGCUGAGCGCAGCCUGCGGUGACCAUGACAGGAGCCCAUCCUCAAGCCGCCCAGCGACAGCCCUGGGGACCCUCCCACGUGCAGGGCCAGUGACCUCCCCUUUCCACCCUCCUCGGGACCCUGGAAGCUUCCUUCCUUCCUCUGCCCAGAGUCCACGUUGGCGGUGCCUCCUUGAGGAGGUCGAAGGUUCUGGGAGCUCGGAGGGAGUGGGAGCCUGGCAGCGAGGCCCUGGCUGGUGCCCUGGCCCCCCGCAGGGCUGUGCUUGCGCUCCCUUCCCCAGUUCCAGCGCGCCUGGCGGUGUCUUAAUUUAAAUGGCAACCCUAACUGUGCCGUCCACCUGCAGGGACACCCCCGCCACCCCAACACCGG